AUGUCAGGCAUGGAGGUCAUUAGUCUCAUAUCGGCCAUCAUUGGCAUCAUCGACGGAACUUCGAAACUGGUCAAAACCAUCAAGGGUGGCCGCGAUCUUCCUGAUGGAUUCAACGCGGUAUCUGAGCGUUUACCCCUCAUACGAGCCGUCUUGCAGGCCACAGAACGACGCAUCAAAGAAUCGACCGAAGGGCAGGGCGACUUUGGGGCCGUCCAAGCCCUGCUCGAGUCUUGCCAAGAUCAGGCUCUGCAACUGAAGAGCAUUAUGCAGGACGUGACCAUCCAACCUGGCGCCACAUUUGCCGAUCGCUCUCUCCUCGCUGUGCGCAGGCUCGCCAAGGAGAGCAAGAUGGAACAGCUGAUGAAAAGACUCCUGGAAAAUGUGCAAUUGUUAGCGGCAAUCCAGACCAUCAAACCUCCCACAGACGCCAAGGUUCCCGGUGCGAUUCAGGCUCUGGCCGACCCAGCCCCUUCGAUAUACAAGGCCUCGGCGGUUGCCCAUUACGGAAUAGGUCACCAGUUCAGCAAUAUGGGAAGCGGCCAGCAGCAUGUCAACAUGGGCAAGGGGCAACAGGUUUUUGCACACUCGAUGAUUAUUCAGGGGGGUCCUCGGCAGUGA